UUCGAUUUGUACUCUUUGAUCAAAGCCUUCUGUCAAGUGCAUAUAUUAAUACAUAACCAUGAAAAUGAUUUAAACUCUUAGAUGAUGCGGUUUAUAAAAUUUAAGAAAAAACUUUUGGAUCAAAAAGUAUUGGUCGAUUUUCUGAAAAUUUUGGAGUAAUAAACUUCAUGCAUUGGAGCAAGCAAAUAAAUUUUUUUCAAUUGUGAUAAAAAAAAUAAUUAAGGGAUAAAAUGGAUGAAGAUAAAAUUUCUAAUACAAUUGGAAUUACUUGGGCAUGGAACUGGACAGAUCUCUGUGGAAUUCCUGGAGGAAUAAGACCAUUUAAUCCUAAUACUGAUGCUCUUGGUUUAUGUUUCCAACAAUUAUGUCUCCAAAUACCAACUUUAGUUCUAUUAGCAAUAAUAUCUGCUUACUAUUGUGGAAAAAAAAGCUCCAGGAAUCUCUAUGAUCGGUUUUCACAUUAUAUUAUUACAUUAAGACUAAUAAUAACAGGUUGUUUAAUUAUUCUGCCAAUUAUAAAAGCAUAUAUUAUUCUUACACAUACUAGUUUUCUACCAAAACCUUCACCAAAAUCAAAUUUAUUCAAUAAUGAAUUAAUUACACCAAAUAGCAGUUUUUCUAUCGGUUCUCGCAAAACGUCAGCCAAACCGAUUGAUUAUCUUGUUGCGGGGGCAGAAGAAUUAACAUGGGUGGUACAUUUUUGUUUUAUUUUAAGUCUCAAACGUGGGCCGAGACUUAAUUUGAGAGGCCCUGUUAUUAUCAGAGCUUUGAUAUUUAUGUUAAUUGGAGUUUCCAGUCUUAUUUUACACACUCAUGUUAAAAUUCAUGACAAGGAUCUUCUACCAAAUUUAUCCUUUGGAUUUAGUAUUUGUGUUGUUAUUUUAAUGUCAUUGUAUGCUUUAACAUUUAUUCCAAAUCGAGGCUAUCAUGAUCAUCACUCAUUUUCAAGACAUUCAGAGCUUGGAGAACAUGCAUCGCUUCUACAUUCACCCAAUUCAUCGUAUGUACAUUUUCCUCAAGAUCAAGAUCGAAAUUAUCUUGGAGUGGCUAUGGAAAAUGAAACCGUCUUAUCGAAACUUUUUUUCCAUUGGGUUACACCUUUGACCGAAAAAGGUAUCAGAGGAUCUUUAAAGCAUUCUGAUGAUUUGUUUGACCUUCCCGAACAUGUUUCUACAACAUCAAUUAUUUUGAAGCUCGAUAAAUACAUCCGUAAAUCGCCUAGACUGAAAAGAAAUACCUUUAUUGAUGCUAAUAGAGAUGAUACGAAACAAGAAUUAUCAUCUAGUAAUAAUAUUUCUUUAAUUCGACUGCUACAUCAAUGUUUUGGAUGGCAAUUUUAUGGAGUUGGUAUUCUAAAAUUUAUAGCUGAUUGUUCCGGAUUUGUUGGACCAAUUUUAUUGAACAGACUUGUUGGCUUCAUUGAAGAUAAAGAUGAGCCACUUUCACAUGGAUACCUUUAUGCUAUUUUGAUGUUUCUUUCAUCAGUUAUUGGUGCAUUUACUAUCACACAUUUCUCAUUUUGGAUGAGUGUGGUUGGAUUGAAAAUUCGUAGCACAAUCAUCACUUUAGUUUAUCGAAAAAUAUUACAUUCAUCGAGUGUUAAAUUAAAUCAAGAAUUUACUAUGGGAGAAAUGGUUAAUUUUAUGAGCACUGAUUGCGAUAGAAUUGUAAAUAGCUGUGCUAGUUUUCAUACAUUUUGGAGUAUUCCACUGCAAUUGGCUGUCACUCUUUAUCUCCUUUACACUCAAAUUGGGAUAUCUUUUUUGACUGGGGUAACUUUUGCAAUAAUAUUAAUCCCAAUCAAUAAGUAUAUCGCUAACAAAAUUGGAGAGCUUAGUGCAACAAUGAUGGACUUUAAAGAUCAAAGAGUGAGAAAAAUGGGAGAAACUUUACGAGGUUUAAUUACAAUCAAGUUAAAUGUUUGGGAGGAUCAUUUUUUGCAAAGUAUUUUGCAAUUAAGAGAUGAAGAAAUAAAGUAUUUAAAAGGAAGGAAAUAUUUAGAUGCACUUUGUGUAUAUUUUUGGGCAACAACACCAGUUUUAAUUUCUAUUUUAACAUUUUCAACAUAUGUACUUGUAGGAAAUAAAUUGGAUGCCAAGACAGUAUUUACAAGUAUGGCAUUACUGAAUAUGUUGAUUGGACCUUUAAAUGCUUUUCCAUGGGUACUAAAUGGCCUUGCUGAAGCCUGGGUUUCUGUAAAAAGAAUCCAGAGAUUGCUAGACUUAACGGACUUAGAUAUUUCAACUUAUUAUUCAGAUCCUCCACCAGGAAUUGACAUUUUGCUAAGAGAUGCAACAUUUACUGUAAAUGGAUCUCUAGAAAAUAUAAGCGUAGCUGCUCCAAGUGCUGAAAGUCCUGAUGAAAUUUUAUCUCUUCCAUCAACAUCCACUGCAACUAGAACUGUCACUUUUGAGGGGGAUAAAACGUUUAUAUUGAAAAAUUUGAAUUUAGAAGUAAAAAAAGGACAAUUAAUUGGAGUGAUGGGCAAGGUAGGUGGUGGAAAAUCCUUAUUUUUAGACGGAUUGUUAGCAGAAAUCACCAGAUUAGGUGGGAUUGUCGCUAUAAGUGAAUUAGACAAAGGAUUUGGCUAUGUUAAACAGAAUGCAUGGAUUCAGAGAGGAACUAUACGUGACAAUAUUUUAUUUGGUAAAACAUAUGACUAUAAUAGAUAUAUAAGUGUUCUUGAAGCUUGCGCAUUAACUGAUGAUUUGAUGCAUUUGGCUAAACAAGAUUUGACUGGUAUUGGAGAAGCUGGAAAUACUUUAAGUGGUGGUCAAAAAACAAGAAUUGCAUUAGCACGUGCUGUGUAUGCUGAUAAAAACAUUUAUCUUCUAGACGACAUUCUUGCUACUCUUGAUACAAAAGUAGCGAAGCAUAUUUUUCAUCAUGUGAUUUUAGGUCUUCUGAAGAAUAAGACUAGAAUAUUUUGUGCACAUCAGACGCAGUACUUGAUCCAUGCUAACAUUGUUGUAGAGAUGUCGGAAGGCAAGAUAAUCAAACAAGGACCACCUAGUGAAGUUUUACGGGAUAUAGAAGAUUACUUAUUAUCUUCUGUUUCUGUAAAUGAAUUAGAAAUCGAGCCAAUAAGUAAUGUUUCUAAAGAGCUGAAAGAUUUGGAUGAAUCUAGAGUUGAUUCUUUACUUGAAGAAGAAUUUAUGGAGCAAGGCACAGUUAAAUUUAAUGUUUAUGCAGCAUAUUUCAAUGCCAUAGGACGAUCUUUAGCAUUUUGUAUUUUUCUUGCAAUGCUCCUAAUGCAGAGCUCCAAAAAUAUCACGGAUUUAUGGCUCUCUUUUUGGGUUACUCAUGCUAACGCGACUUUAAAUCACUCAUUAGAUCAUGAAGAAUUGUUAGCAAGUGAUUAUAUGAAUAAUACGAAAUAUUAUCUAUCAGUCUAUGGUGCCUUAGCUUUUGUCAAUUCCAUUUUUACACUCAUAAGAGCUUUUAUAUUCGCUUAUGGUGGUAUUUAUGCAGCUGUUAGCAUACAUAAAAAAUUAUUGACAAUUAUUAUGAGUGCUAGAACAACGUUUUUUGAAUUUCAACCAUUAGGAAGAAUUUUAAAUAGAUUUUCAUCCGAUACAUAUACUGUUGAUGAUUCGCUUCCAUUCAUUUCAAAUAUUCUGCUCGCCCAGGUAUUCGGAUUACUUGGAACUAUCAUUAUUACUGCAUAUGGAUUACCAUGGAUAUUUUUAAUUUUAGCUCCACUUGUUCCAAUCUAUCACUGGAUUCAGCAUCAUUAUCGAUUAACAUCUAGAGAGCUAAAAAGAUUAGGCAGCAUUGCUCUAUCACCUCUUUACGCACAUUUAAAUGAAACUCUUCAAGGAUUAAGUAGUAUAAGAGCCUUUAGAGCUGUACCUCGUUUUAAACAUGGAAAUGAAUUAUAUCUAGAAGCAAGUCAAAGAGCUAAUUUUGCUUCAGCUGCGGCUGCCCAAUGGUUAGGAUUGCGAUUGCAAUUCAUUGCUGUUAUACUUCUUGGUGGAGUUUGUAUUAUUGCAGUUUUACAACAUCAAUUUGAUGUUGCUGAUGCUGGUCUUGUUGGUUUAGCAAUCACUUAUGCUUUAUCAGUAACUGGUUUACUUUCCGGAGUUGUUAAUGCUUUUACUGAGACUGAAAGAGAAAUGAUUUCUGUUGAACGAAUUAAACAAUACUUAGAUAAUAUCCCUACAGAAAGUAAUGAAGGAGAAAAUCCACCAUACGCUUGGCCCAGUCAAGGUGUCAUAGAAUUUAGAAACGUUGUUCUAAAGUAUCGAGAUUAUUUAGCUCCAUCAUUACAACAAAUAUCAUUUUUAACUAGACCAGCAGAAAAAAUUGGAAUUGUUGGAAGAACUGGUGCUGGAAAGACAUCAAUUGUAAAUUCAUUAUUUAGAUUGGUCGAAAUAAGCUCUGGAGAAAUUUUAAUUGACAAUAUUAACAUCAAGACUCUGCAAUUAAAUGCGCUAAGAUCAAGAUUAUCUAUAAUACCACAAAAUCCAUUUUUAUUUUCGGGAACUAUCAGAGAAAAUGUCGAUCCUUUGGAUCAAUAUCCAAGUUCACAAAUUUAUAAAGUAUUAGAGAAGUGUAAGCUUGGAUCCUUAGUUAAUAAACUUGGAGGACUAAGUGCAGAACUUGAAGAAAGUGGAAAUAAUCUUAGUUCUGGCCAAAAACAAUUAUUUUGCUUAGCCAGAGCAUUAUUACACAAUGCUAGAAUAAUUUGCAUUGAUGAAGCAACUGCAAACAUUGAUCCUGAAACAGACAGAGCGAUCCAAUCAACCAUCAAGUCUUCCUUCAGAAGUGCCACAGUUAUUACAAUUGCUCAUAGAAUACGGACGAUUAUGCACUGUGAUAGAGUAUUAGUCAUGGGCGAUGGCAAAAUUCUAGAAUUUGACGACCCUAAUGCAUUAUUAAAGAAAGAACUUUCACAUUUUCAUAAUUUGGCAAGUCAAGAAUUUUCUGAUUAUGAAUGAGUAUCUUCAAUUG